AUGAGAUUUGAUGUCUCCAAGCGGGAGUUCAAGAACCUCAUCACGUCAUGUAAGAUAGAACACCUGAAGACAGUGCAGGUGAUCAAGUCUGGCCUUAUCAAUAGCAAGGACCAGAGGAGGUACCUAGGCAAGAUCAAAAGGUCCAUGCUCGCAUUCAACCUGGCUCCUAAAGAUCCAGAAACUACUCAUUAUUACUUGUGGCUAACUCAUCAGGUUGAUAUCCUUACUGUCCAAAAACGUUUGAUGUCUGAUUAUUUCUUUGACUACCCAAGCUUUGAAGAUGUGCACCAGAUUUAUGUUGAACGCAAAAUCUACUAGUUCUGAGACCCAACCAGUUUUCAAAAAUAAGU